CUAAUUAUUCUUUAUAGGCUGCCCUUGCAGGUCUUCAAACAACACCUUUCAGUUAAGGCUAUGCUUCAAGAUGUCACUACUAUCAGAGGCUAACGCCAUCUUAGAAGGUGAUCAAAACAAAUAAACUCACCAUCAUGUCUUUGUUCAGUUGUUGAAUUUCUGGGAGAGGUGGUGGUGUCCUCCCAUAAGAGCUUCCAUUAGACACCUGACCCUGACAGCCGGCCUAAAUCCCCCUGCAGACACACCUGCGGAGGGCUGUAUAAAAGCUCAGGUGAGAUGGGUCUCACACACCGAGCCCCAGUGAAGGAGCCGUCCACAGCAUCUCCACACACUAAAGCAACAUGGACCUCAGAGCCUCCAUCUCCCUUCUUGUGCUGCUGCUUGGCCUGUCCAUGGCUCUGCCUGUCAUGGUAAGAAUGCCUGAGAUAUUCAGAACUCUAUCUUUAAAUACUAAUCGUUUGUUUGUACCGUUUCAUCUUCACCUUUUUUAUUUGAUCUGUCUCUAGGAGGACGGUGAUGAAAAUGAGAUUGUCUUUGAGGAGCCUGAGGAGGACGGUGAUGAAAAUGAGAUUCUCAUAGAGGAGUCUGACAGUGUGGACAUAACUACACAGAUUCUGGCAACCAAUAAUGGUCUGUUUCUCAUUAUUCAAACUAUUUAACUGCUUCAUUUAAAUGAUCGUUGGCAUACAUUUACAGUGUCACUAGAAUAACUUCAAAAAUGACAUUUCAUCUUUCAGCUUCCAGUGAGCUUUUAAUGGAAGGAGAUCUUGUUGUGCCAAGAACCAGGAAUGCUCUGGCUUGCUGGAACAACAACUGCUUAUGGAAGAAGUCUUCUAAUGGGAAAGUUGAGGUCCCCUACACAGUCAACUCUCAGUUUUGUAAGUAUUUGUUGUAUUUUUUAAUAUCAUCCGCUGCUAAGAGGAAAGUUCAAAAUGCCAUGGCAACCUUCAACAGAAAAACCUGUGUUCAGUUUGUUGCUCGCUCGACUCAGAGGGACUACAUCAGCAUUGAGAACAGAGAUGGUGUAACUGUUGCUGUCAUUGUUCCGCCCAUCUUUCUCAGGUGCUUCUCCAGCCUUGGGAGGACAGGAGGCAAACAGGUGGUCUCCCUCCAAAAGAACGGUUGUGUUUACCACGGCAUCAUCCAGCAUGAACUCAACCAUGCUCUGGGCUUCUACCAUGAGCAAACCAGGAGUGACAGAGACCAGUAUGUGAAAAUCAACUGGAAUUACAUCAACCCACGAAUGACUCACAACUUCAAGAAACAACGCACCAACAACCUGAACACUCCAUAUGACUACUCUUCUGUGAUGCAUUAUGGGAGAACUGCUUUCACAGUCCAGAAUGGAAGGGAGACAAUCACUCCAAUUCCAAACCGACGUGUGAAAAUUGGACAGAGACAGGGACUGUCCACCACUGACAUCCUGAGGAUCAACAAACUCUAUGGAUGCUAACCAAACCCAAACUGAUGCUGUCCCAGUCUGGAACCACCACAUCACGUCUUGAUCACAGAACACAAUGUGACAGAUGAAUAUGUACUGUAGAUGU